GCCUCCCCAUUGCUGCUGCCAGGCCCCGUAAUCUGCCGUGGGCCCCUGUACCGCCUCUUCUCAUGCUGCUGCCUAGGCCCCUAAUCUGCCAUUGGGCCCCUGUACCGCCUCCGUCAUGCUGCUGCCAGGCCCCUAAUUCUGCCAUGGGCCCCCUGUACCGCCUCCUCAUGCUGCUGCCGCCAAGGUCCAGAGUAGAUCUCAUGGGUCCCUGUACGGCCUCCCUAUUGCUGCUGUCUCCAUCGCCAACACUCUGCCAUGUGCCACUUUCAGGUCUCCUCACACUGCUGGUGAUGUUCCAUUUUGUCAUAGAGUGCUGUACGGCCUCCCAUUGCUGCUGUCUCCAUCGCCACACUCUGCCAUGUGCCACUUUCAGGUCUCCUCACACUGCUGGUGGGUUCCAUUUUUGUCAUAGGAUGCUGUAUGGCUCUCCCAUUGCUGCUGCUCGAAGUCCACUGCCACACUGUGGCUCGACACACUACUGGUUUUGGCCACGUGACUGCCCAAAUGAGUGAGAUU